AUGUGCUCCGGCGAAGAAAACCUAAAAGCGGCGGUGCCAUGGGGAGAUGUAAUCCAUGACCCAUGGGCGUUCUUUGACGGCACCCAUUGGCCGGCCGCUGUGCAGCUCAAGGAGCCAUCCAAGAUAAAUAAAGCAGAUGCCACCACCGUACUAGAUUUCUGGUUUGACCGCCAGAAAAACGACAUGCAACUGGCCUUCUCAUUCAAGGCCUGGAAAGAUUCCAAUGGUGAGAUGCAAGAGGCGGACUUGUGGCCACCCAGUGCUCACCGUGCCAAUGCCACAAAGCAGAGCACAGGGAAGGGUAAGGGCAAAGCCAACCCUAAAGCUAACCGCCGCCGUGUGUUACAGGGAUCUGUAACACCUGCUAGAGCCCCAGCUCUCCCUACGCCUGCCCCCGCUCUGCUAGACUCCCCGCGCGGCGGUGCGCUGCCCGCGCCUAGAAAGACAGCGGUCUGGACCGCCAUGACCCCGCCCCUGGCGCUAUGA